AUGCGAAUUACAAAGAACAGUGGAAAAACGGAGAUGUCGGAGAAAAAACCAAAGAAACGCUGGACAAAGAAGCAGCUCCGUGCCAGCCAGGGCCUUCUUACACAACAAGCUAAGACCAACAUCUAUGAUUCUCAGAAAGGCAUGACCGGUUUCGGUGCUGUUCGUCACGGACCAGACAUUCGCUCAGAUGACACCAUUAAGGAGGCACAGGGUCUUUUGACACAGCAGACGUUGACAAAUAUCUAUGAUUCUCAGAAAGGUAUGACCGCUUAUGGAGCAGUCCGUCACGGACCGGAUAUCCGAGCAGACGACACCAUUAAAGAGGCGCAGGGUCUGUUAACGCAGCAGACGUUAACAAAUAUCUAUGAUUCUCAGAAAGGUAUGACCGCUUAUGGAGCCGUCCGUCACGGACCAGAUAUCCGAGCAGACGACACCAUUAAAGAGGCGCAGGGUCUCUUAACACAGCAGACGUUAACAAAUAUCUACGACUCACAAAAAGGUAUGAGAUGCUAUGGUGCGGUCCGCCACGGCCCCGACAUCAGAGUGAGAGAAUUGUACGAGGAGGAGGGUGAAGAAGAUUACCCAGAAGAAGCAGGCGGCGACGAGUAA